AAGCCACGAACCCCCCAAAAAAAAUUCAAAACUUCCACACACACACACAUGCACAGCCAGCCGGCGGCGGUCAUGAUCAAUGUAUGCGCAGUGGAGAGCUCCCGACCGUGGUUCUCCCGUCCGCGGAUCAGUGCGUUAAACAUGGCGUUGCCGAGAGCGUUGUCGCGUUUUCGUCUCCUCAAAACGGCCGAUUUUCCGACGGUUCCCAAAUACGCGACGUACGCGAAAAGUGCACCGAUCCGUGCGUGCGUACACGUUCAAAUUACAAGACAAUUUAGGACACAUUUCGCCACAGUGUCAGUGUUAUGUAAAGACCACAAGGACCACAAGGACCGGAAGGAGGACGCACUCGAACUUACAUCGACAUCCUCGUCAUCAGACAGCGACCGGGACAGUGAUAGCGACGAAAAUGAGGUGACGGUCGAGUACCACAAGGGGCUGCCCCAGGUGACGGUGCCGCUGCCCAGCCGCAGGGAGCGGUGCCGUUUCACCCUCAAACCGAUCUCGAACACGGUCGGCGACUUCCUCCACAUGCUGCGCAACGAAGACAAGGGCAUAGAUCGGGUGGUGAUCAAGGCCAGGGACGGUACGAGGAUAGCGUCUUCGAACACGAUCGAGAGUCUGCUCGACGACGAUUUCAGGCUGAUCAUCAACGACUGUUCGUACAACGUCAACACGCCGAAGCAGGAACGGCUAACCGGCGAGGAAGUGCAGAGGUUAAGCGAUGUAAAAAACUUAGUCAGCCAACUUUACGAAGCUUUACACGUCAGGGAGCACCACCUCACUAAAGAAGCUGAACUGACCACACAACUAGAAACGUUACAACAAGAACUGUUGCCUUUAGAAGAAAAAAAGUUGGAGCUGGAAAUGGUGGCCCAGCGACGGGGUAACUGGUUGGCUUGGGCAGGUCUGGGCCUCAUGUCCGUUCAAUUCGGCAUCCUCGCCCGUCUGACGUGGUGGGAAUACUCCUGGGACAUAAUGGAACCCGUCACUUACUUCGUCACCUACGGCACUGCCAUGGCGGCCUACGCAUAUUUCGUACUUACCAAAGAGGAGUACAUUCUGGCUGACGUAAAAAAUCGCCAGCACCUCCUCACCAUUCACAAGAAGGCGAAGAAGCUGGGCCUCGACCUGAACCAGUACAACCUCCUGCGGGACCAGAUCAGCAAGGUCGACCUGGACCUCAGAAAGUUGAGGAAAAAGCGUGGCUUCCACUUGCCGCCCAAGAACGAAUCUCCCGGUCCCAUGGCGGCCGCCGCCCUCAAGGCGGACGCCCCAGAACCAGAUGCCAAAAAAGCCAGUGAGAGCUCCGCGAAGGAGUGCACAAAGAAAUGAUUAAAUUUAGUCCAUUAUUUAUUGUUUAGGUUAAAGAAUUGAGCGAGUGCGUUCGUGCGAAUAUUAGAACAGCUAUUUCAACAUAUCGGUCUGGUUCUGAGAUUGUAAAUUGUAAAUAAACACCGACACAUCCACAUCCACUGAUGUGGAUAACAAAGGAAGUAACUAGCGUAGACAGAUCGUAUUAUAAAGGAAACAAAGGAUUUGUUCUAACAUUCGCCGCAUUUAUGUUGUGUCGCGUCGGAAUGUUAUAUAAGUGAUUCAAGCUCAAAUUAGACUUAAGUACGAUUACGGAGCUGUUUUUUCGUGCACCAUAGACUAUUUUUUAGUUCCUACUGCGACCCGGUGAUUCCCCUACGUGUGCACUGAAACCGCAUCCGACUUAUCACACAUGUUAUUUGUACCAAAAUUUAUUGAUAUGACGCUUCCGCUUUUCAAUCAUUGACAUUAUUAAACACUAAAUCCGUCCUAAAUGCUUUCCUGUAUUAUCUAAAUUCUAAAUUGAUAUAUUAUUGUUGGAAAUUUUAGGCAUAAUUGGGUUUCUUAAAACAAUUUUAUAUAUUUAAUUCAAAAAUUGAACAAUGUUCACCACGUGGUGUUUUUUAAAAUUUGUGCUCAUUAAAUAUUAUUAUAUAGAAAUGUAUAAAAACAUUGUUUAAUUAAUAAUAAUAAUAAUAAGUGGUUCGGACGAAAUCAUUCAAAUAAACUUAAUUAAUUCACAAUUCUUGUGUUUAAAUUAUAUAAUAUAUUGAAGGGUUAUUUGGAUGUUUCAACUCCAAUCGAAUCACACUUUAAAAUUUUUAAAUCAGUCACGAUUUACCAUUUGUAGUAGUUUAGACGAAAUUCAUGGUGCUACUUUUUUCAAUUUAAUUUCCUGCACACUUUCCGCAUUCAGGCAAGUAAUAAUGCACAAGUCGCUGUGAUUUAAGCUGUUCAUAGAAUAUAUUCUUCUCAUGUGGUAUACAAUCAUCUCUGCACGUUCUCUUAGGCUUCAAAAAGUCUUAAUUGAAAGCCACACCUUCUAUUAUAAUAGAUUGUACAUAUUUUAGAUGAGCUUUCUACAAUUAAUUAAGAAAUGAACAUGGUUGAUGCGCGUGUUUGUACUUUUUUUAGAGGCAAUCGAUUGCGUUUUAUAAAUGGAUAUUUGUUUUCACGAUUUUUAAACUACUAAUGAUUGUAAUUUAAAAAUCCUUUCCCAAAACGUUGGGUCCAAUUCAUAAUAGCUUGAUCUCUAGAUCAUUUAGGACUUUAAUGUAUCACCAUUAUUAUUAUGAAUUGUGACCAUUUCAUUAUUUUCCAUACGUUCAUUAGAGUGCCAAUAAUUGCUACCUUACUUACACAGGCUGUUUUUGAUUGUACUUUGAUCUGAUUAAAGGCACACGAUUCUUCCACAUUUGAAUUGUCAGAGUGCAAUCAAUAAAUAUUCUACAUCUACGAAUUUUAAUGAAUUUAAACAUUUGUACUAUUUAAUCCAAGCGUUUCUAAACUUUAUCGAUUUUAUAAAAAGUUGCGACAUAUAAAAUUAUUUAUUAAUUACUUACUUAAUUUUGUUUAUCCUUAAUUAUUUCCUACUUCAAUAACAAUGAUUUUAAAAUUUGAUUUGUGAAUGUUGAGUUUGUUUACUAACUUCUAUUUUUAACUGCUAAAUCGAAGGAACUAGUCAAAUUAGACGUUAGCAGUCGAUAAUUCUUAUGUUAAAAAAUCGGUUUGUUGAAUUUUAGUAAUUUAUUUUAGAUACUUGUAAAUUUUACUUAUUUAGAAUCUUGUAAAUUGUUUGUAAAUACAUAAAAGUCAUCAGGAAUAUUUAACUAUAUUAUAAAUAUACAUUUGUUGCCAAAA